ACAGAGUCGAGAACGCGCGCACGCUCGCACAGUUUCACAGGAGGGAGAACAGCUAGUCACAAACGCAGUGGAUCAUAUGCCGACAGAUUUUACCCCACGUUUUUAUACCGAUACACACUACUAUAUGGUAGCAUAAAGCGAGGCGUAUUUUAAUCUUAAUUCUGUAGCACCACCUGAACUUUGAUGUGCUACUGUUUAUUUAAAUUCAAAAUGAGAAAGAUUAUAAUGAUUUUUGCUGUCAUUUUGCAUUAGAUCACGUUCUCAACAAAUCAGAAAUUCAAAAUUUAUACAGACGUAUAAGCUUUGAUUUUGCCACACAUCAGUUUUCAUAAACAUCUUGGGAAUGGAUGUGAUUUUGAAUGCUGAUGCCAGCAUUCCCACUGCUGCACCUGGUGCAGUGGAGGAAGAACAACAGCAGCAACAAUCAGAGCAAGAGAUCAAUCAGCAACCAGGCACGGAGUCUGACCUCACCGGCAACACCUCACAGCCAAUCAGGAACGAGCAACAAGCUCCACCCACCACCACCACAGCUACUCCUGCUGCAGACCCCGCCCCCUCUCAGGAUGCCCCACCCAAUGUACACCUGACAGUCAUCGACGAGAAAAUGGAAACAAGUAAUGGUGUUUGCCCUGGUCCUAUCGAGAUGUCUCCGACAGCUUCUUCUCCUCCUCGUCAGCAGCACGCAAACGGGCGAGCCAGGCUGAGCAGCCGCUCCGGGUCAGUGAGUUACACGGGGUCACCUCGACCAUCACUCACCAGACAGCCCAGUGCGGCCACUGAUGUCGGAGACGGAUCCAAACCCAACGAUUAUCUCAUAUGGGCUAUUCUGGCCUGUCUCUGUCCUGUCUGGCCCAUUAACGCUGUCGGCUUGACCUUCUCAGUCAUGUCUCGAAACAGUCUGCAGCAGGGCAAUGUGGAUGGUGCACGUCGUCUUGGCCAGAAUGCAAAAAUCAUGUCCAUCGUGUCAUUGGUGGGUGGGAUCGUCAUCAUUGUUAUCACUAUCGUCAUCAACUGGGGUGUAAUACUUAAGACCUGAUGGCCGUCACGACACUCAGGGUGAAGUAAAAUUCACUAUCAGCAACCAAUCCAUGAUGAUCAUUUUCUUCUUCCAAUGUGUCAUUCAUCUCUCUACAUCUGAAUGCUCCUGAAUGCUUUUUCAUUUGUUUUAUACUCUGUCUGAAGACACUAAGGCUGGAUGUUACCUCUAUCUUCUAUCAUGCCAGAACGAUCAAAAACAACAUGGACUUUUCAGCUCUUCGAAUGCCUGGAAUCACGGACAAAGCGGCAAGGUGUGGAUGUUAGUUUUUUUUUCUCUCCCAACAAAGGACUCACCAUUGAGAUGAUGUCAGUGAGGAGACCACAAAUAUGAUCUCAUUUCAUUCGUCAUGCACCCCUUGAGGAUGUGAGGGAGGAAAAGAAUGAGAGAGAAUGGGAAGGGAUUUGGUUCUUGACAAAGAUGCACAAGCUCAUCUUACUAUCCCUGUUUUCUCAGAAAUGUGAGUCCAUAAAAAAAGCUCAGAUUAAAAUGUAAUCGAUUAUAUAAAACAGCAGAUGGCUUCCGUUUUGGCAUCUGUCCACAGACGAGUCCGAUUACCUUAAGAGCUGCUCUAAAGCCUCUCUCUCUCUCUCUUUCUCUCUCACAGACUGUACAGAGAGUAAGUCUCAGGUUAACACACAUAAACAAAAAAUCACAUAUCAGAGAAUCCUACAGAAAGAAAAGGAGGGAGAGGUAAGGAGAAAGUGGGAGGGAUGGAGACCAAGCUGCAGUCUUUUGUUUCACACAGAUGGAGGGAUGGAGAGAGAAGAAUAGGAGAAGAAAGGAGUGGGGGCAGUACCUUCAGAUGAAAACAUAACCCAGAGAUGGCGAGAUGUAGGGACUUCAGUAGUGUUGAGGGGGAUCUGAGCUGCCUCUGAUUGGCUGCUUGCUUGUGUGUCUGUGUGUGUGUGUGAGAGAGAGAGAGGUAGCCAAUAUCGUAAUGCUCACCAACAUGCCCUCCCCUCUUCCUUACAGCAAUCCUCGGCCAGAUCCUUCAAGGCAAACAUAAAGAAAACCAUUAAUUUAAUAUUGUUUUAGCAGGCAAAAGGAAGAUACAAACAGUCAUAUUUUAUACCACAAUGUUUACAAUGUUUUGGCCAUGACAAACAUUUUACACAGCUCCAAACUGUUUGUUUGGUGGAAUGAUUUGUAUUGCUCAACAGAAUGAUACCUGAAACAUUCCUGGUCAGGCCACAUCGACAGUGCCAAAACUCAGACUCUGCCAAGACUCCAGCUUAGGUGGGCAUGUUUGUGACUGAAACAGGAAAGGAGAGCAUGGAUGCGUUUUUAGGAAGGAAUAUAUGUAGGGAUGCACUGAUAUUAACAUAUUAGUCCAUACUGAUAAGCCAUUAAUUGUUUCAUGUUAUGACCAAUAGCCGGGUAACACUAAAAAUAACACUAAAAAUGUCAUUUAGGCUUUAAAAAAAUGUGUGCGUAAAAUGAACAUUAGAAUUAUUAAAGAUUACAUUUCAGUGUUAUUGAAUGUGUUUAAAGAUUAAGUGAGAAGACAAGGGUAAUUUAACUGUAAAAAAUGUAGGAAAUUAGACACACACACACACACAAAUACAAUAUUGAUAAAACAUAAAUUUAAAUACUACCAAACUAUUCAUUUGAAACGUCUAUCUAAUUGUGCAUCCCUACAUAUUUGGAGUUCUUUUAAAGAUAAUAUUAUGAAUCCCUCAUUGUCAUGGCCUUGGGCCUCUUGCAUGCAGAAUUUGACUUUGUUUCAGUGAUGUUUACAGCUUUUUGACAGCGACGGGAGCACUUGUUAACUCUGAAAUCAAGUAUUCUUAUUUUUAUAUUAUUCUGUAUCUAACACAGUUUCCGUACCACAAACAGUAUAUGUGGAUGAGCAUGCUGACUCAGGUUGGGCAGUGAGAGGGUGAGAGGCCCCCAUUUAUUGGGGCUCGCUUUGGGUUUGGCUUGCAUGAACGUGGGGCUACAAUCGUUUCCUUGAUCUCAUUUUGCACUUGCUCUACUUCCCCACCACUCAAAUAUAAAUGAGCAUAGCAUGCACAUUUAAUCCAACCGCGUGCAGUCAGUGAAUGCCAGCUUGACUUUUGUUCUCUUGAAUUGUUCUGCUCAGUAAUAUUUAAAAUUAAAAUGCUUGCAAAUUCAUGCUUGUAUAUUCAUAUGUAUGUAUAUACGUGUCUGUACAUAUUUUGUCACUUUGGAAUGAUAAGGUUCUAUCG